CAUUGGUCCGCUGUGAAUGAACGUGCGCGCUUGGAGAAGGAGGAGGAGGAGGAGGAGGAGGAAGAGGAAUAAGGGAAAAGGGGGGUCUACAAGAACUCCGCUUGGCUGCGGAGACUCUCACUCCACACAGUGCAUCGCAGCAGACUGAUGCACACACUCGACAUCGCCGGAUUUUCUGCAGCAACACAAAAUCCACUAAAAAAAACAACUUCUUUCCCCCCCUGCAGAGGAUGCGGAGAUGAGGCUUGCAUGGUUCUCUAUGCUGCUGAAACCUCUCCUCCUCCUCCUCCUCCUCCUCCUCUCUUCCUCCUGAUGAGGGGAGCAAACAGGACGAAAACCAAGCUGACUCAUGUGUUCUUUUUCAAAAAGAAGAUCGCAAAGGUGGAGCGAUUAGAGCUGGGCUCAUGACGGGACUAUUAAUCCUUUCAGUGCACCAAAGAGGUUUGGAAGCGUUUGGAUGGAAAACGGGCGAAUGUCUACUACUAGAACUGUUUUUGGUCUUGUAUGAAGCCGGCGAUUAGUUGUUGCCACACAUUCUUCCCUAAUGACUGCAUUGAGGAGAGGAUGAGUGGUUCCUCAGCGUGAAUCACCCCCGAAACUCACCUCUUGUUUUCUCUCCUCAAGUACUCCCAAAUCUAAAUGGAAUUAGUUGAGUCUGCAGGCGUUUGUGAAAGGAACAGACAUGGUACAUGGACACAGCUUCCAUCACGUUGUUGCAAGUCUUCUCCUACUUGGCUUGUCCGGCGCAACAAAGAGAGAUACAUCAGUAAAGAACAAUUCUGGUGUGAAGCCAGCAGGUCAGUGUGGAACGUGGGUGAAAGAACCAGAAGGAGGUCUCUUCACUUCUCCCAAUUACCCAAACAAAUACCCCCCAGGCACAGAGUGUGUGUACAUCCUUGAAGCCCCCCCAAGGCAGUGCAUCGAGCUCCAUUUUGAGGAGAACUAUUCGAUCGAGUCCUCAUGGGAAUGUAAAUUUGACAACAUCGAGGUUCGCGAUGGACCUUUCGGCUUCUCUCCCAUUCUCGGACGCUAUUGCGGUCAGCACAGCCCGUCGGAUAUCAGGAGUAGCGGCCGGUACCUGUGGAUAAAAUUUGUAACAGAUGGCGAACUGGAGGCGGUGGGAUUUUCAGCCAGUUACAACUUCACUGCAGAUCCAGACUUUGCAGACUUGGGAGUACCACCACCUCUACCCUCAUGUCAGUACGACAUGGUCGGUCCAGAAGGUAUCGUCGAGUCUCAUCAGAUCACCAGAGACGGGAAGGCUGGCGCUAACGAGGCCGUCGACUGCAAAUGGUACGUCCGGGCGCCGCCACGCUCCAAGAUCUACCUGCGUUUCCUCGAUUAUGAGAUGGCCAACUCCAACGAGUGCAAGCGCAACUUUGUGGCAGUGUAUGACGGUGGCAGUUCGGUGGAGGACCUGAAGAGCAAGUUCUGCUCCACAGUGGCCAAUGACCUCAUGCUGGUGUCGACUCUGGGCGUAAUCCGGAUGUGGGCGGACGAGGCCAGCCGGAAAAGCCGCUUCCGCAUCCUUUUCACGACCUACCAAGAACCUCCAUGUGAUCCAGAUGCCUUCUUCUGUCACAGUAACAUGUGCAUAAACAACACAUUGGUGUGCAACGGCCAUCAGAACUGCGUAUACCCUUGGGAUGAGAAUCAGUGUAAAGAGAAGACGAAAGCCAACAUCCUGGACAACCUGAACAACACAAAUGGGACCAUCAUUGGCGUCACCUGCUGCAUCGUCCUUCUCCUCCUCAUCAUCUCCGUUAUCGUCCAAAUCAAGCAGCCUCGCAAAAAGUACAUUCUGCGGCGUGAGGACUUUGACCCCACCAUGUUUCAAGAGGUCUACGAGCCACCUCACUACGAGCUGUGCACUCUCCGUAGCGCCACCACCGCCGCUGCCGCCUCAGCAGACCUAGUGGACCUCGCGGAAGACUUUGAGAACUACCACACCCUCCGUCGUGCCUCCUCACGCUGCAUCCAUGACCACCACUGUGGCUCUUCCUCCAACCCGGGCUCUUCUCAUAUAUCCCAGCUGUCCCUCAGCGGGCGAGGGAGCCGCGGCAACCUGAGCUCACGGGACGCGGCGGCGGCCAGCCUCCUCGCAGACCUCCCGCAGCCACCCAUGUCCGUGCGGCCUCUGCUGCCGAGCGCGGGGAACCGGAGGAGCAUCUUGGUCAUGAAGCACAGCUACUCGCAAGAGGGAGCAGACAAUGGAUGCGACCUGGAUGACGACCUGGAUGAAGUUCCAACCACCAGCCACCGGCUUUCACGCCACGAAAAGGCAGUACAGCGACGUCUUGAGAGUAGUGCAAUCCCAGAUGAGUGCAAGAGGGCAUCACUGAUGUUACAAAGUGGAGUGGACACUUACACCAGCAUGAUGCUGAGGCUGAAUGGACACUUUGAAACUAUCCAAAUGAUGUGAUCGUGUGCAAAUAUGAGCACAAAGGACUAGUUGAAAAUACUUCAUGUUGUUAUUCUCUGAAGGAAGUUUGAUGUGCAUCCCACUUUUUUUGUUUUUGUCGCCAUAGAAAGCACGCGGCAUCUAUGUCUUCUGACUAAAUUUAGGAUAUUUGUUUCACUGUCAGUGAUGACCAACUUUACAUGAUCUAACAUUAAGCAUGAAUUAUCCAAAUCAGUAGUAGAUUUAUAGAUUUAUAGUUUUGUUCAUUAAAAUUGGAAUAUUUACUAACACAUAUCAAUGUUAAUACGGUUAUUUUGACAAUAACUAUAAAUCAAUGCAAGGCCAAACUUUUGCAUGCUUCUUAAAUAUCCAUUGAAAUAUAACUAGAACAUGAAACUAUCAGAACCUCCACCCGCCCCCCGAGCCCAGCCUACUAAUAUAUUAGACAGACAUUCCAAAAACAUUUGUAGAAAUAAGAUACAUUGCAUGCUGAUUGCUGAAAACAAUUAGAUAAAGACCCAAAACUAAUUGCUUUAGUUGUUGUUUUUUUGCCCUUUGACUUUUUUUUUCUUCUAUAUUUUUUGUACGUUUUUUUUGUUUUAUAACAAUCAUCACAGGAAGCUUAAUGUCUUUGUAUCAAACCGGGCUUUUCUACUUGGGCAAAAUAAGAAUGUUUUUUUUAAUGUUAUUCAAACGAUUCUUCAGGGCUGUUUUUUAUGCUUUGUAACAAUAUUAAUAUUAAAUAACAAUAAAGCACCUUCUUUUUGUUGUUUUGUUGAACUUGUCUCUGUAGUAAAUCUAUCCUGCUUGCCUCUCAUGUCUCACAGACAUCAUUCUUGGUUUUAAAUGUUUGUUUCUUGUUUUAUUUUUUAGGUAUUCUACCAAACUGAACAUUGAUGGGUAUUUUUAUUUUAAUCCAAAGUUAAUCAAAAGUUGAACCUUGGUGUUGUUGGGAUUAUGAGGGUAAAACAAUAACGACAGGAAGGGAUCAUCUAUUGUCAAAUUGGUUUUUGGAGUUAAAACCUGCAUCAUACACAAAUGACUUACUUACACACAGUACAAAGCAAACAUACUUGUACAUAAUAUCCUAAUUUAUAAAAUACACAAAAAAACAUUUCUUUUUCUGCCAUGUAUCUGUAAGCAUUUAUUUCUAUGCACAUGUAUUCUCGCAUUUAGAGGAAAUGAAAGUCUAUAGACGCAUAGUAUUUCUUUACAAAGUGGCCUUCACUCCUGCGAUUGGCUGGUGACUGGUCCAGGGUGCCCCCCCCACCUCUUGCCCAAAGUCAGCUCCAGCUCACCUGUGGUCCUAAUGAGGACACGUGGUAUAGAAAAUGAAUAGAGGGAUGGUGGCCUCGAACUAGAAUAGAAACUGGCCCACUUAGUCACCGAAUGGGUCAUCCAUUUAAUAAGUAGACACCUCAUUUCCCCCCGCUAGGUGGCUGUAAUUAUCGGCAUCACCAUGUGUCACAGUAGACAUCACAAUAAAAGCAGACAUGGCAUCUGUAAAGCUGAUGUUUGUGAAGAGAAAAUGCUACUUGAAUUAGCCGAGCAACAUAAGAACAAUGGGAAAAAAAUUGGAAAUGUUUAAAACUUUAUUUCCUCAAAUAAUGGCCUCUGCUCUAAUAGAUGUUGUCCACUUGAAAAAAAAUGAAUACCUGCCAUCAUAUAAAGGCCUUCAUUUUUUACCUCAGGGGAAAAAUUCAUUUUGUGCUUUUUUGUCCCCC